AUGCCGCCAUUCAUCACCGAGUACCCUUACUUCCCCGGUCUCUCCAAGCGCAUCAUCACCAAGGCCACCUUGUUUGAGCUCAAUGCACAAGCAGCAAAGUUCCCUUAUGGUCACAGCCCGAAGGAGAAGACUCAGGCAUCAUACUUGGAGAGAACAAAGAUGCAUCAUCUUGAGUAUCAACAUCAACAGUCCAAGAAGGUGCAGGAGAAGCAAAAUACAAAGAAGGCGAAGUCACUGGCAUGCCUUGGAAAGUGGAAGAUGCAGAAGUGGAAGAUGCAGAAAGCGCUUUGUGAAGUAGUUGAGGCACUGACUGAGGACCAGGGGGAGUAG